CUUUGUUAAAAAAAAAAAAAAAAAAAAAAGAGUAUCAUUUACAAAAUACUUCUCAACAAGUUUAAGUAAGUAACAAAGCCAAGAUGAGAAAUUGGAUUUAGACCUUAACUUAUUCCAAAAGGAAUGGCUGACAGUGCCAGGCUGAAGGCGAUACCAGGACAAUGCCAUUUCCCUCAACCCUUUUCUGCCCCCAUGCAAUAGAAAGCUCAUAUGUUUAGUUACUGGCAGAUGUAGUGGUGUUGCACAAAGGUGCUGCGUAUCUGUUUCUGCAUACAAAAUCUGAACAUUCAUACAAACCAGCUAACCUCCAGCUAUGCCAUGCAGUCUCUACUGACAUCGUAUCACCAUCUCCUCUGAGUUUUUAUGUUUCUUACGUGAAUAUAAGUGCAGUAGCUCCAAGAUGGUUGAGAAGUUGUUGUUUUGGAGGGCAGGGGAGGCAGCCCUGGUGCUAUGUCCUCUGUGCGCCUGUAGUGGUGCUGUAGGAGGCUGCUGGCCCUUCUUAGGAAGCGAAAGCCCAGCCUUCCCCGCUGCUGCUGCUGCUGGAGAAUUAUAUAUUCAGGGAUUCCCUUCCUAAGCACCGACCCCCCCUGCACUUUUACGAUUACUGUGUGUGGUUUUUUUAAUGCUCGCCACCUUCCCCUCAUAGAAAUUAUUUGGUAUUGUGUACAUGUUAGUGGGGGGCUCGUUGUGAAGGAGGAGAUCUAGUGAGAGGAACACAGCGCCCCCGGUCUUCGCUCGUAGCCGGCUGGGGAGGUCCUGCAAUCUGACAGCCAAACAGAAAAGGGGGGAGAAAGGAGGAGAAAAAAAGGCAGCCUGAAAAGGGUAUCAUAUGCACUGCAAGAGGUGUCCAUGAGGAAGUUCCCUGAUACUGAUAUGGUGCACAGAGUUUAAAAUCAGCUGAUGUUCACACGGAACAGAGUCACGUGAUGUAUGAAGGCAAACACAUACACUUUUCCGAGGUUGACAACAAGCCCCUUUGCUCCUAUAGCCCAAAGCUUUGUAAGCAGCGAAGACUCAAUGGUUACGCCUUCUGUAUCCGCCACGUUCUUGAAGAUAAGACAGCACCUUUCAAGCAAUGUGAAUAUGUGGCCAAGUACAAUAGCCAGCGUUGCACUAACCCCAUCCCUAAAUCUGAGGACCGUAGGUACUGCAAUAGCCAUCUGCAGGUUCUCGGAUUUAUUCCAAAAAAGGAAAGGAAGAAAAAGAACGAUGCACUGGAGGAUGUGAAGGCCAGGCAUCAGAUGGAAACCAUGGCUUUUAGCCUUACGGUGCCACCCUUGAAGAUGCCUAAUGGACUUGAUGGAAUGAAUCUCUCUCCCCCAGGGGCCAGGCUUCCGAUUAACUAUUUAGAAACUGACUUGGAAGAUCCUUUCAGUUUUGAGGAAGAAAAGCAAGAGCUAAAGAAAGGGACAUCUGUAAAGAAAAAGCUCCAGAGCAAAUUGGCUCAAAACCGGCAGCGUCUAAGAGAGACAGAAAUUGUAAAUGUUCAUCAAGAGCACUUUAGCCCUCAUCCUGCACCUUCUCCACUUCAUUCUCCAUCUUUGCAGGAGCAGCACGCACUUGUACAGCCAAUUUCAACCUUGUCGAAACCCACUGGGAUACCACAGAAUUUGGUCUGCAAGUCACCUCAACCUCCGAACACCAGCCAACCAGUACAGGGAGUAUCGCCUGUCACAAACACAGUAGCACAAACAAGGCAUCAGUCUAGCAAGAGACCUUUUUCUGUCUUACCUCCUGUUACAGAAUUGCCACGGACUGACAGGAUCCAGUUGGCAGCCACCGCCUUACCAGCUUACUCAUAUUAUGUGAGCCGACUGCAGAGACUAGUUAAACUGUGCACACGAAAGCAGCAGCUGGAUACUGAUUUAUUCCCACAUUUUGGUCUGGACUGGUCAGAAGACAGUGGAGAAGAACAGGAGGACAGUGACCAAACAUCCCCAUACCGCACUGCGUGGUCAUUCAGAGAGAGUUUCCAAUAUGACUGCAAAAAGCUAGAUAUUGAAGAAGCGCACGGUAGGAGCUCCAGGAUUGCACAACUUUGCACUUACUUUCAGCAAAAAUACAAGCACCUCUGCCGCCUGGAGCGAGCAGAAUCCUGUCAGAAAAAAUACAGACAUACAUUCCGGAGAGCCUUACAGCAGGCUGCCCUCAGAGAACCAGAGACCACAGGGCAGCUGCUUCAGGAACUGCGAAGAACCACAUGCAUAAGGACCAGGCCAAUUCAACCAGAAUUGAGAGAGACAGAAGUAACCCUUUGCAGUGCAACUAUCAGUAACAGGACAUGUAAGAACAGAGCCCUACCCUACUCACGCAACUGCUUUCAGCAUAUCUUGUCCAACAGCUCCCAACAGCUUUUUUCUAGCUGCACAGCAAAGUUUGCAGAUGGCCAGCAAUGUUCUGUGCCUGUUUUUGAUAUUAUACAUCAGACUCCUUUGUGUGAAGAACAUGCCAAGAAAAUGGAUAACUUCUUGCGAGGGGACAAUUCGCGUAAAGUUCAGCACCAGCAACAAAGGAAACCCAGGAAAAAGACCAAACCCCCUGCGCUUACCAAAAAGAAUAAGAAGAAAAGGAGGCGAGGUCCACGACGGCCUCAGAAACCCAUUCCACCUGCUGUGCCCCAGGGCAACCUGUGUAUGCCCAGCAGCCUUUCACUGCCAAUGGAGGUCUCCAGCCUAAGGAGUCCUUCCACACCAGAUCUGAGCACAGAAGAGCUGCCUGAUGACAUCACUAGUGAGAUAACAGACAUUCCCCAUGACUUAGAGCUCAAUCAGGAGGACUUCUCAGAUGUUCUGCCACGUCUGCCUGAUGAUCUGCAAGACUUUGACUUCUUUGAAGGUAAAAAUGGUGAACUUCUUCCUACCACUGAAGAAGCUGAAGAGUUGGAGAGGGCCCUGCAAGCAGUUACAUCUCUGGAAUGCUUAAGCUCUAUAGCAGUGCUAACUCAAGCUGACAAUGCAGCUGGCCAAGACCUGUCCGAUCGUGGGAUAGCAGCAUUCUCAACCGGUUCUGGAGGCUCAGUAAUACAAUCACUGAGUCGGGAAGAUCAAACAGACCUUGGAGAUCUACUCAAUGGGCGUAUAGGUCAUAAUAACUUCACCAGUCUGGAAUUGGAUGAGAACCUACUUGGUUCUACUACCUUAUCCAGCCCAUCAGCACCCCUGAGUGGACAUAUUCAGGGGCAGUUCUCAUCACCUGCCAAUGUUGGCCUUAGUUCUGCCACUUUAAUCAGCCAGAGCUCACUUGGUGAGAGAGCUUUACCUGGUACAUUUCAUGGUCUUCAUGAAGGUAACAGUGCACCCCAAAGGACACUUCAGGCAGAGAUCUUGAUCAAGGCAGAUGAUCUAAUCACCUCACAGCAGCAAUAUAAUAGUGACCAUUCACAUUCUUCACCCCAAGGAAGCCAUUAUGACAGUGAGCAUGUUCCCUCUCCUUAUAGUGACCAAAUUACAUCCCCACAUGCCACCUCCUACUCUGCUGACAGUUUGUCUGCUGCCUUCUCUUCAGAUGUACCUAUUAUUACACAGCACUUACUAACCACCCAGCUGAAUAUGCCUCUGAGUGGAGUGGUGAACCGAACUCACUGGGGAAAUCUGCCAGUUAAUCUUAGUGAUCCAUCAGGUUUCAGUACGUUCAUCACUUCUGAUGGACACCUGCUUUCAACAUCUUUGUCCACCCCACCGGCUACUUCUCAUUCAGAGACAACACAGCCUACCUUCUCCACUGUGACCCCCAAUAGCUCUAAUAUGCUUCCAGGGUUACCACAGACCAGCUUUAGUGGCCUAAGUCCCCCAGCCUCUGAACUCAUGGACUCUGCAUCCCUCAAACAUCAGCUCCCUCAGUUCAUUGCAGCAUUUGGCCAUCAGCUGACCUCUCACAGUGGCAUCCCCAAAGACCUUCAACCCAGCCAUAGUUCCAUUGCUCCUCCUACAGGAUUUUCUGUAACAGGUGCCACAUCUACAACUACCACCAACGCUUCCUCCUCAUUUGCAAGUCCUAACUGAGUACAUGUUUCAUAAUUGGAUGGAAGGGAGAUUGUCCCUGUAAAUGUUUUGUGUUGCUCUUUUAUUCCUUCUGAAAUAUUUGUUCCCUCCAAACACAAUAUUGCAGAAAGAAGAAAUAGUUUUCUGCACUGUAUUUUUGUGCUAUGCCAGCACUGGUGCUUCUAGAAUUUGUUUAGGUUCACUUUUUUCACUUUAUUUCUCUUCAGCGGAGUAACAUCAGGUUCUAACGUAUGGCCUACUUAUUCCAGGGAACAUACAUUUGUUUCAUUAACUACUUGUUCCAUAUACUAUGACUUCACCUAGGAGAUGGAAAUGAUUAGACUAGUGACCGCAGGGCAAAUUUUAGCAACCGUGGCAGGAAACACAAAUAUAAUUGGAGAGCUGUACAAUUCUGCAACUCUGCAUUCUUUGAAAUGAUUUGUUGCAGUACAAAUCAAGAGUAAUUACCUGUAUCUGUCCAGCAGUUUUGAUCUUGUGAAUUUGUGUGUGUGCGUGUGUGUUCUGAAUUCUGGAGGGGAGCCCUGCAGAACCUUUGGCAAAUAAUUUUGGCACUAUUUUCCCUUCCAAAGGCAUCCAUUCCUUUCUGAUUUGGCCUUAAAAUGACUUUUUGGAUCAUACCUCAGAGUAAACAUUAAGGCUAAAGAUCAGAGGAGAAGUUAGCACUAACUGUUUACAUCAAACAGUGCUAGUCUGGGACAAAUAAAUCGAAAGCAAAAGUUUGGAAGAAUCUUCUUUUGUGAUGUUUCUGGUAUAUAACAGGUUUAAUUUUCCCUUUUCAUCUUCAUCUUCAUAAUUUUUUUUUUAUUUUUAACUAUGACAAUCUUAGCAUGGUGUUGGAUUAUACAGUUUCCAUAAGAAUAAACAAAACUUUAGCAAGCUCUGUUAUAGUAUAAGGUGUACCUUAUUUUUAAGUAGGGUUUUUAUUUUGCUCAAAUAUUAAAGUAAAAAUAUUGAGACUUUUAUAUUUCGCAUCUUUUCCCACCUUAAAGUUCACUUUUUGGCAGGGCCUCUUUCAACUCACAAUAUGGCUAAAAGCAUAUUUAAAAGCUUCUUUGUAGCAGUCACAUAAAUAGUUAUGUUAAUAUCAAAUACAACAUUUUGCCCAUUAACUCACAAAAAUGCUUUAUAUAGGUUUGUAACCCUGCUAUUGUGCUCGGAUUGCCUUUUGUCUCUUGCAAGCCAAUGAGCACUUGGCCUAGGUAGGACCAUAACCGAUCCUCAAUUUGGUCUCCCACUCAAUCCUUUCUGUUCCCGUAGGCAGCGGGGCCCACAGUUUGGUAAGCCUAUGCAUUAAAUAUCUGGGCCUAAGCUGUUUGGUGUAAAAAAUGUUUUAUGUGGUUGUCUGCAUGCAAAAUGUAGCAGUCAGAUCAUGCCAUGCUUUCAGACAAUGGUGGUGAUUGAUUGAAUUUCCGGUCAAUAAGCUAUUGAAAAGGAAUUAAAGACGAGCCUGUAUUAUAAAGAGUUACCUUAAAUUAUUGCUUUGUAAUCAUAAUCUGGCAUUUUGUGGGAUACAAAAAGUAUCUGCAACUAGUUAGUCCAUACCAGGUCCUAUGGUUAGUACAUGAUGCAGCUUAUCUAAACUUUAAAUGGUUGUUGCUCAAUUUAAAUUUUAUACCACAUGCACAGCAUGUGCAAAAAAACUUCCUUUUCUCAAGUUUUUUUGAAACCUGAAAAAGGAGCAUGUUUGUGGAAACUGAG